AUGACUCGAAUCGGCUGGUACGGCCUAGGGUCCAUGGGCCUCGCAAUGGCGACCAAUCUGCAAAAACACCUAGCAACAAAGAGCACGUUGAGUAGUCUCCUUUACUCGAACCGAACUAUGACCCGUGGUGAUCCCCUCAAAGCACUCGGCGCCACUCCCGAGACGAGCUUCUCGGAACUGGUCUCGCAGUGUGGGAUUAUUUUUACCAUGGUCUCCAACGACACUGUCCUCCAAAACCUCAUAACAAGCGUCACAGACUCAAAUCAGCCCCUCAAGGACAAGAUCUUCGUCGACUGCUCAACCGUUCACCCAGAGACCGUGGGCCUGACCGUGGCGAAACUAAAAGAGAAGCAAGCUGAUUUCCUCGCCGCGCCCGUCUUUGGCGGCAACCCGAUUGCUGUGGACGGGAAGCUUGUCUUUGCGAUUGCGGGACCGAAGCGCGCGUCUGAUGUUGUUAAGCCCCUGAUUCAAGAUGUCAUGGGGCGCAAGGUGAUUGAGUGUGGAGAGGAUGCGAGGAAGUCUGCGCUUCUAAAGAUUGCCGGCAAUAUCAUAACCGUCAAUUUGAUGGAAGCCGUGGGCGAAGCUCAGGUCUUUGCUGAGAAGACGGGUCUCGGAACAGGCGCUAUGGAGGAGCUCAUCGGGGAGGCCUUUGGUCCUGUUGCAGGGGGAUACUCGAAACGCCUAACAACUGGAGCAUACGCACCACCACUAGAGUCCCGACCCGGCUUUGGUGUCUCGCUAGCCAUCAAGGACGCCAAUCACGCAUUUGCCAUAGCCAAAGAGAGCAGCGUUGAUCUUCCUGGACUGAGGGUUGCGACUGAGAACAUGGUUGCUGCUCGUGAAUACGGCGGAGAGUGUCUAGACAGCAGCUCGAUGUAUGGGAUUCUUCGGCAAAAGGCCGGGCUGAAGUUUUGGAACCAGAAGAGUCGGCAGGAGUAA